AUGAGCGCUCAAGAACCCCUCCCCUCUACCAACUCAUCCUCAGCGAUAAACAACACCACGUCUACCGCUGUCGCUAGCCAAGAUGCCUCGGGACGACAGCCCUCCUCCUCCGCCGCCGGUUCCUCCGAACUCUCCGGUGCAAAGAUAAGCCUGCGCAAGUCGCUGCGAAGCUUCCCCGACUUCCCCAUCCCGGGUAUCAACUUUGUCGAUAUUAUGCCUCUGUUCGCCGACCCAACCGCCCAUGCCACCCUUGUCGAUGCUCUCGAACUUCAGAUCGCCGAGGCUUUCCCCACCAAGCCUGAUGUUAUCGUAGGCCUUGACGCCCGUGGCUUUCUCUUCGGCCCUGGUCUUGCGCUCCGUCUCGGUGUUUCCUUUGCUGCUGUCCGCAAGCAGGGCAAGCUCCCUGGACCUUGUGCUACCGCUGAGUACGUGAAAGAGUACGGCAAGGAUCUGUUCCAGAUGCAGGAAGACGCCGUCCGUGAGGGCCAGAAGGUCCUCAUUGUGGACGACAUCAUUGCUACGGGUGGUUCUGCAAAGGCUGCAGCUGAACUCGUCCAGCAGCUCAAGGGCGAGGUCAUUGGAUACUUGUUUAUUCUUGAGAUCCCUGGUCUAAACGGCCAAGAGAAGCUCGGCACUGCUCCUGUCAAGAUUCUUCUUGAAGAUGCUUAA